AUGAAAAUAUUUAAACUUUUAGCCUUGCCUUUCAUAGUUUCAGGACCUGAGAGACUUCCUAAUGUUGGCUAUUUAAGCAGUGGGUACGAUAUUUAUAAGGGUAAUCCAAGAGAAACAGGCAGCGUUGAUCCUGGUUUUAGAUUAGAAUCUAUUUUUAAUCUUACCUUAGAUGGUGGAACUACGUCCGAUGGAAGAUAUAUUUUGCCAAAAGGCGUUGUAGCCGAGCAAUAUACUUCCGAAGCUAAGGAACAAAGGCACGAGGAAAGCAAGAAUUUUACCAUUAGUGAACAAUUUACUUUUCCUCCGUAUAGUAAAACUGAUAUUUCUUUUCUCUUACAGCAGGUUAACUAUAAUUUAGAUUUUGGUGCCGAUAUAAUUAUUGGUGGGUUUUUUUUCAUCAGGGGUACGCCUGUUAAUGGUGAUGGGUAUUUUCGAGGAGUAAUUGAACCUGGCUACAUCUUUCAAAGAAUUCAAGCUCGUCCUGAUAUAUAUUCUGAGCAGAAGGAGACUAAUGUUACUGGUAGGAUGAAAGGAGUUUAUUGCUAUAAAUUGGAUAGUAAGAAAAAUAGCACACCAUUGGGCAAUCCUUUUCCUACUAAAACAGUGACAGAGACCAAAACUGAAACUAAAACUGAGACGGCUACCCAGACAAUGACAGUAGCUCCCACUAAUCAAGCCAACUAUUUAACUCCUAAUAAAUAUGCUUCAAUUGGUUUGGCAUUAUUAGCCGGACUUUUACUUAAAUCUUAA